AUGUCUCUGUACAGCCACGCUCUACCCAGCCCGUCGCAAUCUGAUCCCCAUCAGCUGCCUUGGUCACUCUGCCCCUUCCCGCCUUGUGACAUCCAGCCUCGUCCUCUUCAAAUGUGCAUCCCCCGCCCGCGCAGACACCGAGCCCAGACCUACACCUCCCCCUUGAAGAACAUCCCCUACCAACGCCUCGCCUCCCCGCCCCCAACGCCCCGGAUGGCACCGCGACCCAUCCCCGCCCCGGUGCCCGUCGUCGCCGCUGCUGCCGGCGCAGCCGCACCGCUCCCACACCCGUCGGCCUCCCGCGUGUCCUCGCAGCACGAGCGCCUCCUCCUCGAGCUCCUCCCCUUCAAAGACGCCGCAGCGUUCCACGCCUGGCUCGGCAGCCACUUUGUGCGCGGGUCCUGGAACGAGUUCUACGCCGACUACCUCUCUCGGGCGGUGGCGACCGGCGCCGGGCCCAGCUCGGUCCCGGAGCCGGACAAGACCCGCACGGCGCAGACGGCGCGCGAGGCGCUCAACGUCCGGAAAGCAAAGUUCCUCGUCCACCACCCGGACAAGACGGGCUGGGCGGCCGAGGACCACUACGCGCGCUUCAUCGUGACGCUCGUCGCCGACAACAUGCUGCAGAACCUGUGGUCCGAGUCCGAGUGGAAGAAGAGGGGGCUCGACAUCGCAAAGGCCGCGUAUGAGGUGCUCGUCUUCCUCAAGGCGACCAUGGUGUACGCGGACCCCAACCCGCCCAGUUACUCUGCAUGA